UCCUCUAAGUGCCAUACCUACGACGAUAAACAACUUGGAGAGGGUAAAUACAAAAUCGCACAAUAUAAAAUGUUCGGCCGAAUGGAAUUUGCACCAGUAGUAAUUUUACCAUCAAAAGGCAUAUUUGCGAAUUGAUAAGCAGCGCGCGCAACAUUUCUACAUUUUCUUCUAUUUCGUGGUUUGUUUGUGCUUUGUGGCGAGUAUUCGUUAGUAAUAUUAUCAAAGCACGUGGUUAUACGGUCGUAUUGGUGGCAUUGAAAUAACAUCACGUUAGAAAUACCGAUAUGUCGACUUCCACAUCAACCACAACAACCGAUCCCAUCCCAUCGAUCAUCUCAUCUCUGCUGCAAACGCUGCAAAACACAGGUAUAAACAUCAUCGACCAUCACCUCGACAAGAAUGCAAUUAGCCUCGGCCACAAUUUCUGCGCAGGAAUAGCCAAGCUCAAAGUGACCUACGAACUACCCGAAGAUGGAACACAACGAGAGCAAUCAUUCGUACUAAAAAUCCCGAGCCAGUCUCCAUUUUACGAGCAACUAAGCGCCUUGAAAAUGUACCAAAACGAGGUACAAAUGUACUCGACAAUUCUGCCAGCUAUGGGCGCAUUGGGCGAGGUCGACUUCGCAGCUAAAAGUUAUCUACCACUCGCUGACGAUAAUUUAGUGUUGGAGGAUUUGAACGAGCUCGGGUACGAGGUGGUGAACAAAAAAAACCAGCUGGACUUGGCUCACAGCAAAUUGGCUCUAAAAGCAUUGGCCAAAUUGCACGGAUUAUCUGUCAAGUUGUACGAGAAAUCGAGGGAGACUCUAGAAGUAAUCGUCAUACCACCUCGAGAAACCCCUAAAGAAGCUGUUCCUAGCGCCAUAUUCGAGAAAUUCGAUAAUACCGUCGCUGUGCUGGAUAUUCCUCAAGAGGUUCGAGCAAAAGUGCACGAUUUUGUGGUGAACAUCCCGGAGAAAACAUUCAACGAAACCAUGCUACCGAAUGAAAACUUCAACGUUCUAUGCCACGGAGAUUUCUGGCUGGGGAAUAUGUUAUUUAAACAUAAUGCGGAAGGUGCUGUCGAAGAUAUCAAAGUGGUGGAUUUUCAAAUGGCACAUCGGUGCUCUCCGGCCAUCGAUUUGAUCGAGUUUUUCGUCACCAGUAUUCGAUUCGACGUGUAUAUCUCCAAACGAGAUGAACUCAUCGAACUGUAUCUCGAGACGUUGAACGGUUUACUCGAGUCUUUGAAGAGUACUGCGAGAUAUACGAGAAGUGAUUUGGAUCGAGAUGUACGUCGGUAUAAAUUAUUCCAUUUGUAUAAUUUAGGACCUUAUAUGUCAGCGGUGCUGAGUGAUCAAGAAGAUCCGUUCAAUUUAUCUGGUAAAGAUACGACGAUUUAUACCAGUCCAUUGUAUAGAGAUGCUCUAACUAAAUGGCUGCUUCAUUUGAACGAGGGGGAUAUGUUGUGAACAGUUUUUGAGCUACUUUGUGUGGUAAUGUCAUAAAAUACCUUUUAUAUCGAUAUUAAUAGCAGUUUAUAUUUCGAAUUAGGUAAUGUACCUACUUCAGCGAGCCAAUUUUUUUAUGGCCUUCGUUAUUUUGAAGAAAAACCUCGCUUAGAGCGUUGCCUAAGUAUAUUUCUCAACAUUUUUAUUGAUACAAAAAUAUGCAUUUUUAAUCCAUAAAAUAAAUAUAAAACUGAUACUCAUGA